GUAUAGGUUUACGCCGGGGUAGAUAUAGUCCCGGACGCGAAAUAAAGGCACAACGUAAACGACACAGAAAUGGAUACCACCAACCUCGCGAAGCUUCUUGUUGGGCUCUCCGUGCAGAUCUGUCGCAGUGACGGCCGAGUUCACUUUUCAAGCGUGAAAUCCGUGGAUACGACCAAGUCCACCGUAAUGGUGGAGUGGUACGAGAGAAACACCUGCCGAGGGAAGGAGGUUGAACUCAGUGAGCUUUGUUCACUCAAUCCAGAACUAAAGGACCACAUAAAUUCUGCCAUCACCAAAGCUGCCUCUCCUGUAACUCCAGCCCCUGACAUGAAAUAUGAGGGUCGACUGCGCUCAUCCAAGAUUCCUGCCCCUUCCUCUUGGAUAGCCAACCAGCCGCAUAGAAAAAAGGCUAAACCAGCUCUGGCUUCUGUCAGCGAGGCCAUCAAAGAGAACAAGGAUGAGAACUUUCCACUCAUGUGUGCAGCCACAGGCUCCUCAGGCAGAAGGAAAACUGUGGUAGCUCAGGAGCAAGUAAACAAGGCCAACAAAAGGAUGUCCUCUGUUGUCAAGCCCUUUGACGCACAGCCCAAGAAGGGAAAGUUUGGAGAGACAUGUCGACCCAACCAGAAGUUCUACCAGAUGAUCGAAGAUUUCAGAGAAACCCUGGAAAUAUCUCCUCUCUCUACCACUGACCAGGUUGAAAAUCUUAGGAUUUGUGUAUGUGUUCGUAAGCGACCACUGAACAAACAAGAGGUCAACAGAAAGGAGAUAGACGUUAUCUCUGUGCCUGGCAAAGGCAUUCUGCUGGUUCAUGAGCCAAAGCAGAAGGUGGAUCUAACCAAGUACUUAGAAAACCAGGUGUUCCAAUUUGACUACUCCUUCGAUGAGACCACCCCUAAUGACUUGGUCUACAGGUUCACAGCCAAACCCCUGGUGCAGUGUAUAUUUGAGGGUUGCAUGGCAACAUGUUUUGCAUAUGGCCAGACAGGAAGUGGAAAGACUCAUACAAUGGGAGGUGAUUUCAUUGGGAAGCAACAGAAUAGCAACAAUGGCAUCUACGCUUUAGCAGCCCAGGAUGUGUUUACCCUUCUCAACCACAGAAGGUUCGCUAGCCUGGAUCUCGCUACCUAUGUCAGCUUCUUUGAGAUUUACAACGGCAAGGUGUAUGACCUGCUGAACAAGAAGGCCAAGCUCCGUGUUCUGGAGGAUGACCGGCAGCAGGUUCAGGUGGUGGGCCUGCAGGAGGGCUAUGUGUCAGAUGCAGAAGAGGUUAUCAAGAUGAUACAGACAGGCAGUGGUUGCAGAACAUCAGGGCAGACCUCAGCCAAUGCCAAUUCCUCCCGCUCACACGCUGUCCUCCAGAUUAUCCUGCGACGCAAAGACCGUGCCAGGACUCUGCAUGGCAAGUUUUCACUUGUCGACUUGGCUGGCAAUGAGCGUGGCACGGACGUCAGCAGCAAUGACCGCAGCACACUGGUUGAGACUGCUGAGAUCAACCGGAGCCUCUUGGCUCUUAAGGAGUGUAUUCGUUCACUGGGAAAGAACAGUGAUCACAUUCCAUUCAGGAUGAGCACAUUGACCAAGGUCCUGAGAGAUUCCUUUAUUGGAGAGAGGUCCAGGACCUGCAUGAUGGCUAUGGUGUCUCCAGGCAUGGCAUCAUGUGAUUAUACAUUGAACACACUGCGCUACGCAGACAGGGUGAAAGAACUGAAUGGCUUGUGCAAAGGCAAUGAAGAGGCAAAAGUGCAAGAGCCCAUGGAGAGCUCCUCAGAAGAGGAAACUUCUGUGGUUUCAGAUGUAUAUGAUGCAAUCUCUCAAGUGGUGCAGCUGGAACAGAAGGUUUAUAAACAGCUGCAGAUGGGCAAUGAGCUUACCAAAGCAAUGGAGCAAAUUUCAUACAACACUGAGACAGCGAUUCCUGAUCUGGUGGAUUAUGCCAGAAAACUGUUGGAUUCGGUGUUGGAGUUGCAGUCUGGAUUUGAACAGGAAAAAAGUUAUCGCUGAAAGAAGCCUAACCACUGAA